UGUUGAGAGAUUCAGUUGGCAAAAUGUUGUCGAAGCAAUUAUUCAGGGAGAGAAAGAUCAGUGCUCAGAUCCAACGAAUUCAGAGAGCGCUUGCAACAAAAAGCGGCUCGGCUUUGGAUUCCAAGUCUUUAGAGCAGGCAAAACCGUACUCGGAGCUACCUGGUCCCAGCCGAUUUAGUUUUAUAUGCUCUAUGUUACCGGGCGGUCGCUAUAGAAAUGUGCCGGUAAAUGAAAUGUUUUUGGAUCUAAGCAGACGAUAUGGAGAAAUCUUUCGCAUGCCUGGAGUGGGUGGGAGUGAUAUCGUGAUCACUAUGAAUCCGGUGGACUAUGAGACGGUUUUCCGCAAUGAAGGUCAGUUUCCAUAUCGACGCAGCUUCUCGACCUUUGACUACUUCAAAAGGGUUCACAGACGCGAACUAUUCGAGGGUACCGAUGGACUAACCUUUGGCAACGGACCGGAAUGGGGCAAGAUGCGAACGGCUGUUAACCCCAUUUUGUUGCAGCCACGUAAUGCCAAAUUGUAUGUGAAUAAUCUGGUGCAGGUCAAUGAUGAGUUCCUCGAGCGUAUACGUGCCAUACGGGAUCCCAAAACCCAAGAAAUGCCGGCGGACUUUGCCGAAGACAUACGCCGCUUAGUCUUGGAGUCCAUUGGAUGCGUUUCGCUCAAUACUCGACUCGGUUUGCUGGCUGAGAAUCGGGACAGCGAGGAGGCGAAGCAAUUGAUUAGAGCAUUGGGACAGAUUAUUGAGCUGAGCUUCGUUCUGGACAUCCUGCCACCAUUCUGGAAGUAUGUGCCGGAACCCAACUUUAAGAAACUCAUGCGUGCCUUGGACACAAUCACAGACAUUUGUUAUGGUCACAUUCAGCUGGCCUUAAAACGCAUUGAGGAUGAGGCCAAUUCGGGAGCUCCGAAUACCGAACCGGGUAUUGAGAAGAGCUUACUGGAGAAACUGUUUCGUGUAGAUCGUCAUACUGCCGUAAUUAUCGCCAUGGAUCUAUUCUUCGCCGGUGUGGAUCCAACCCUUGUCUCUCUAGGCGGCAUUCUUCUAAGCCUGGCCAAGAAUCCCGCACAACAGGCCCGUUUGCUGGAGGAGAUUAAUGGCGUGCUGCCCGAGAAGAACUCACAGUGGACAAUGGAAAAGACUGCUAAUCUACCCUAUCUGCGUGCCUGCAUUAAGGAGGGUAUACGCAUGUAUCCCAUUGGGCCUGGAACUCUGCGUCGCAUGCCAUGGGAUGUGUCAUUAAGUGGAUAUUGCGUCGUAGCUGGCACGGAUGUGGGCAUGGCAUCCAACUAUCAGAUGGCCAACAUGGAGCAGUUUGUGCCACGUGUACGUGAAUUUCUGCCAGAGCGUUGGCUUCGAGACGAGUCGAAGCUAGUGGGCGAUACGUCCACACCAUUUAUGUAUCUUCCCUUUGGAUUCGGACCACGCGCCUGCGCAGGACGACGCAUUGUCGACAUGAUCCUGGAGAUAGCCGUUUCUCGGCUAGUGCGCAACUUUGAAAUUGGCUUCGAUUAUCCCAUCGAGAAUGCAUUCAAGGCUCAGUUCUUUGUGAAGCCCAACAUACCGUUUAAGUUUAAGUUUGUAGAACGCUCUGUAUAAUACUCUCAUGUUCAAGAUUUGCCAAAGAAAUGCUGCUGAGCGGUUCCAUCACAACGAGCAAACGUA